GCAUGUGUAGAACUCACGGGCACCUUCGGCCUAUAGUAGUGCCUACGGCUAUGUGCGUACAUGGUAACUAAAAGGAAGGGUCGCUAUGUUGCGACCGGCGUGACAGCCAAAGGGAAGGCGAGGACGGAGAAAGCGAACUUGACCAACAUCCUGCGUGCGAAGGAGGCGGCUCUCGCUGCCCGCGAAGCAGCUGUCGCUGCUCGCGAGGCCGCGGUGUCAGAGGCAGAGGAGGCGGCGAAAGAAAAGAAACAGCAGCAAGAACCCGAUGCGGACACCCGUACGCCCCAGCAAGAGGCUCGGGAGGAGGAUGCUGCCAAGCAGCGUGACGUCUUGGCCCACAGGACAGGCUCGCUUCUGGACAAAUCGCAGUCUCGCAGCAUACUCCUCACGUACUUCGAGCUGGUGCAGGCAGGCGUCGAGCCGAACAAGGCUAUUCUCCGGACCGCCUCAACUCUUCGCGUGGGCAAGGACAAGGUGUUCAAGGUUCGCACUCAUUGGUGGGAGAAGAGCGAAUUGUUGACGUCAUCAGGGGCAGGGAGGGGUGUGUCUAAAUAGUACCUUCGGACGAGCAUCAAUUGGGAGGGGGGGGGGACAGAGAGCGUUUCUCCUGCUGCUACGAGGAGACUCUCUGCGACCGACCGCGGAUUUGGAGAGUACUGUACAACAGUAGGCAUCUGACCGAAAGUCUGGUGAGGCUGGCCAUUGCCCUGCGUGCUUUGGAUACCAUCCGGAAUGUAUUUACGUGUUAUUCGUGCGUCAUCACAGGUUUCGUGUCACGUGGCGUGGUGAUGCUUUGAACCCGAUCUGGACUGCAGUCUACGUAGAUGCGCGAAGCAAAGCGCACGAAAGCCUGUGCCGUGUAUGGGACAAAAUAGGUUGGCUAUACGUCCGUCGGACCGUCCGAAGGCAGCGCGCAGCAGCAGCGACUGCCGUUAGCGUCGAAGGUGGUCUGUCAUCGUUCACAACGAUUGGUUGUUGGAGACGUAAUGCAGCACCUCGCCGCCGGCGUACAUGGAUGUUAUGGUAUUUGGAGGUAGAAAUGUGAUCGUGGUUGAUCAUGGUUAUUUGGCGCCGUCGGAUGCUAAGACGUGACGUCAUGCUAGAUCAGGGCUUUAUGCCGAGACAUGUGCCCUUCUGUUCAGUGUGUGCGUACAGACGAUCCCUGAUCGUGUGUGCGUGGGAUUUUGUGAGUUGGCUUGGAAAGCGUUAAUCAAUAGGAGAACAACGGAAAGCAACAACAACCUGCUACUGUGGUCGGACAAGAGAGUUCCACACAGCUCAAAGGUGAUUGAUUCUGAAGGAAGGAGUCAAAUACCAUUACACUGGCGUUGUUGGUUUUUGGUCGUGUUGCUUGAUUCUUGAGUUCAAUUGGUUUUGAUUUUUCGCUUUUUCGCAGUCUGCUGAAUAGCGGCAAGGUAACAGCCUUGGCCCUGCUUCGGCAUAUCGGCUCCUGAUGAGCCGCGAGGUAGCAGCGACUCUGCUGUCUCGACCCCGUGACUAUCAUGUGUGCAAAGGCGGGAGCGACUUGUGACAAGACAACAAAGGCGUGUCAUGGUGGUGAGGCCGUGCUC